AUGCGGCCUCAGAAGACACAGUUGCGCGCAACUGCCGAUGAUUGCGGUGGUGCGAUCGAAUCGACGUCGAAGUGGAAGAUCCCGCACUACUACAAGAAGGCGUCCUCGGUGACACAGACAGUGAUUUCGGAUCUGAACCCGGCUACGAGCUCGCAGCAGUGUGCGACGUACUCACCGACCAUGGCGCUGAACGGGGGCAACAAUCGCAUCAAUAUUAUGAACACACCGGUGGCGGUCCAGCUGGAGGACCCAGACCAGCCGAAGACGCGGAAGGGCCAGAAGGCGAAGGCUAAGAAGAAUGGCGAGAUGGUGUUUGUGAACUUUACAGUGCAGGACACGACCGAGUCCCCAAAAAAGCCCAAGUCGUCACGUCGCGAGAAGAUGCUGCGCAUCUUCAAGAGCAGUGAGCAGCUGAAGCUGCGGCCGCAUGAUCUGGGCGAGCUGGCGCCCAGCUUGUCCAAAGAGCCCCGCUCGGCGCCCGCGUCGACGCCGGCCUCCGCCUCGAAGCGUAACUACAGUUCAUUCCUCAAGUGCGGCAAGAUUGGGAGCAGCAUCAACAGCAGUGCCGGGAGCGCGGUCGGAAAACGCAGCGGCGUGCCGUCAUCGCUGCAUAACUGGAAAGCUGCUAGUAGCGAGGACGUGCUCAUUAAGCGUUCCAGUUCAAGCGUUGCGGCGCUGCACCCACUACGGCAGCACACCAGGCCCCAACUUAGCAGAUCCAUGAGCGCCAACAUUAUGGGUGUCAACCACAGUCGGUACAAUAGUCUCUCGCCUGUUGUAUCCCACAACAGCGCAGGCUCAUCGGGUGCAGUGGGUGCUGUUGGAGAACCGGAUAGCAAGAUUGAUUUGCUGAAGAAGAGGUUUCUUCAGACGGCCACUUAUCUGCAUGGCGACCCCAGCGACUACGGUACUGCGACGAAGUCCCCGACAGGAAAUCCCCACACUAGCAAGAUUCCUAUGGGGAUGGACGUUCAGGACUUCGGCAGCACAAACAUGUAUGAUGAUUAUGAUGAUAGUGACGAGAUAGGGGAGGCAGAUUUCGAUCCACAUUAUUUGGGAACAUCAGAAGAUGGCUACAAAAUGCAGCUCUCAGAUAACGGACAGGACGGUGCUGCUACUUUGAAACCUAAUUUGCAUACGUCUGACACAUUCUCUGGUAGCUAUUAUCAGGUGGACGAAAAUGAUGCCUCGAUUGCUUUUAGCAAAAUGUUCACAAGGAAAAGAGCAAACACUGGCGGGUCCCUAAGUUCUUUUGUUUCUAAUACACAAACCAUAUCGCCCUAUAACAUCCCCGGUAAUAUCAGCACGCAUUCAAUUCCUUCGCAGCGCUAUUCUCCCAUCAGAUCCCACUCCCCGGGGCGGCCGCGAUCCAAUACACGUGGUUCUUUAACACACAGAAAUACGCGUGAUCUGAGUUCAGCAUACUUGUCUGCAAAUAAUGUUAGUGGCUUGUCUUCGCAGUCAGGUGCUGCGUUGUUCAACCCGUCCGAACCUGUAGUCGGAAUGGAUACGUUUAUUGAUAGUCAGUACAAGUCAAGGUACGGGCAGAAGAAAAAGCAUGACGGUGUUUGCGAUACGCGCAAACCAUACCAGGCUCCUGCAGGCUUCAGCAGUACUUCUUCCACAUCGCAUGCUUCCACUCCUUCGGUUGCAGAUGCUGGAGGUCUCGGCAGCGGUCCCUUAUCCAUGGACCUAAAUGGAUUCUGGGCAUUGGAACGGGAUACGUCAUUCAUACACGACGUAUACGACGAGCAACCUCUACCUUCCGCCAAGGGUAUUCAAGCGGCAACUAUAGAAGAAGACGAGGAGGUCGAGGUUGAUCUGGGUUCCCUUCCAAACACCAGUAAUAGUAGCAAAUGCAUUGAGCUGUCUUUGGAGCCGUCUACGUCUGUGGGGAGCUCUUCAUGUCAGUAUUACCAUGAAACUCAAGGGUUUACGCUCAUUAAUACUGGUCUUGGUGCCACUACUGUCGCGCUACCGAAAAAGGAUCGCCUGAAGCAGGAAGAAACUACACAGCAUGGGGCCAUGUUCUUUGGGGAGCCCCUGGGAGGUUAUGCCGCUGCCCCAACAGAUAGCAAUCUUCUAGAUGCUUACAUGGACCUUGAUCUGGAAAAUACACUAACCCUGCUUUCAGGUGAAAAUGAUAUAACCGGCUUGGACGUCAGUGGCGAAGGGAACAUGGGGUAUUCGACUAUGUAUCAUGAUGGGCUUGCCCCCUCGGCUGCUACUAACAUAUCUCCGACAACCCUCACUGGUGCGGAGGCCCAUUCUGAGGAUGAAACAACCAGUUCCGACGUACGCCACACACAACAGGCUCAACAGGUUUUUCUGCAUUCCCGCUCGGUAGACGCUGACCAGCCACAGCCGCGAGUGGACUUUUAUGGGUUAAAUGAUGGUAAGACAUAG